UGGACGUUUGGCGCGACGGUACUGUGGUAACAUCUCGAGGUGUACAACGGAUGUUCAACCAAGCUUUGUAUGUCCAUUUUUGCUUGUUGCUUCUCUGAACCCAAUUGCUCCAGGCGUGUGAUACAGAGGCAGCAAAAUCAAGAAAGUCAAGAACAUGUUGUCGUCGCUGUACAUUGGGUUUUCAGUGCUGUUUUCAGUUUUGGUGAUAUUCAAUCUGGUUGGCAACACUUUAGUGAUCUUAGUAGUACUACGUAACAGGUCUAUGAAGACACCCACCAACUACCUCCUCGUAAACCUUGCAAGCGCCGACAUAGUGGUCGCCUUUUUUAUCGGUAUCCAAUUCAUAGUAACACCAACCUUCACCCACCCCCAAGGGACGUUAGGAGCAGUGCUCUGUAAGAUAGUAACAGGUGGUACACCAGGGUGGGUUGGUGCUGUCGCUUCAGUGUUUUCGCUGGUGGCCAUAUCAAUUGAACGUUACUGGGCUGUUUUGCAUCCCCACAGUCAGAAAAUUAAACUCACAAAGACAAAAAUUGUCGUACUCGCUCUUCUUUCCUGGAUAGCGUCUCUCACUUGGGCAAUCCCAGGAUUUUUGGCUACCACAUACAUCAAAGAAUUCAAAGGUUGUGCACACAGCUUUUCCAAACCAACCUAUGCUAAGCUAUAUACUGUUGGGUGGUCAGUGGUGGCAGGUGUUAUCCCUAUCAGCAUCAUGACCGCUUUAUAUUCCAAGGUGGUUUAUCGUCUUUGGUUUGUGAACAACGCUACAACUGAAAGUACCCAGCGUGCACUACUGCGAUACAGAAAACGCGUCACCAAGAUGGUCAUAUUCGUUACAGUUGUGUAUGUGCUGUGUUGGGUCCCCGAGCUGUUAAUUUACUUCUUAGGUUUCACUGGCACUAUCACUUUACAGCCAUUUCACCAUGCUAUUGCGUCUGCUUUGAUUGUUUUCAACUCCAGCAUUAACCCAACCGUUUACAGUCUACAGAGUAGUAAGUUUAGAAAGCAUCUUGGGGAAUUAAUUUGUUGCACGAAAAGAAACGUGGUCACUCCUUUCAAAAAUAGUGGCUUUACAGUUGAUGGCAAAUCAGACACCAUGGAAAUGGAACGGGACGUGCCUUCAACUGCCGAGUGAGCGAGCGAGAGGGUGAGUGAGUGAGUGAGUGAGUGAAUGAAUGAGCGAGUGAGUGAGUGAAUCAGUGGGCGAGUGAGAGUGAAUGAGUAAGUGAGUGAGUGAGUUAAAUAGAGCGUGAGCAAUAGUGUAUCCCUGUUUAAGUUAAUCCAUGAGAUAACAUGUAUUCCAAUGAAACGUUUUUAAUCUGUGAUGUAUGGUAGCAAUUGUACAUUGAAUGAAAUAUCCUAGAACACUUAAACUGGUGAACCUUUAGUGAGAGGGAAACACAUGUUACUGCAUAUCCAUCCAAAGCUUAUUCUAAGAUAAAUAAUUUGAAUUGAUUUGGGAUGAAUCUAAAGUUUCAUUAAUCUUUUUCAGAGUCAUUCAAUUAAAGCUAUUACUAGCCUUACAAAUACUUAGUAAGAAAAAAUACUAACACAAAACGUGUACAAUUGUAAAACAUUCCACAGUAACAUAGCAAUACUGUCUCAUAAUUUAAAUAUUUAACAAGUAUGUACUGACAACUAUUAGUUUGUCUAUAGUGAUCAUGAUUACCCCCUUUUGUUUGCAAUUCUAAAUCACUCAUUAAUCAGAAUUCUUACACGAGGUUCUUUCCCUUUGUGUAACAUCAGGCAAAGAUAUCACUUCUUUUUUAAUUAGAUUUUAAAAAAAAAAUUAUAACCCAUUUCAUACCCAUGAGUAUCCUGCUAAAAGUUUA